ACCUGUGCUGCUAAGACUGUUGACCCCUGCGCAACAUUGCAAGCUUGAGGGCAAUGUAUUUUAAGCCCUUGGGAACUUGCUGUCUGUGCUGCUCACUGAACUUGUACUUCUCUCUGCCAGCAGCAUUGAGCAGGAGGAUUUCCCAACUGCUACUCUCUGCUGCUUGCUGUCCUUCACCUCAAAAAGUUGUGCCUUGGGAGAACUGCAGUACAGAGCCUCUCUGCCCAGAGCUCAGGUGCAAUUUGGCCAAAAGAGAUUUCAUAGGGAAGCCACUGCUUAGCACAUGUGACUGCCUGGGCUGUACAGCUCUUCCUCUAAGUGCCUGCCAAGGGAAGUUGGGGCCUGGCCAAGACAAGUGGAGACUGGGCUUCAGGCCAUCUUUUCUUUCCCAUUCCCUUCAGCCAGAUGCUGAAGUGGGACUCACAAGCAGUAAGGCAGGGGUAGAUUCACCUGGAACUUAACAGCAGGGGAGGAAUGAGUCCUUCAUUCAUGCCAGCUCUGCAUGAGCAUUGCAGAUUACCUGUCACACAGACUGGCAGCAGCAGAGCAGCCCUUUUAUCUAGCUGAGUUAUGGUGGUCACUAGUGCUUGCUCCUUGCUGUGAUCCUACAUCUUUCCUAGUGAUGGAGAUGUAUUAUAUGGCUGCAACCAGUGAAUAGGUGUGUUUUGCUGGAGCUUCCUGAAGAUCCAGGCACAAAACUCUCUCAGUGCUUGCCUGCUUUGUGACCAGAGAUGUUUUACUAUGGGGAUCUCCAUAUUGAAUCUACUUUUUUCCCUUCUCUGAUAACUAGAGAGAGAGCUUUAUGCCUCCCCAAAUGAUAAACCUCUUAUUAGUAUGUAAGACAACAGCUUCUCUCACUACCUGGUCAUAGCAUGAGCCUCUUUUUUUUUGGUUUGGCUAUCACCUAAACCAAAUUAUAUCCUGGAGGUUAUAUCUGGGCUGGUUUAAUCUUCUUAGAGUCAUAGAACCAUUAAAUUUGGAAAAGACCACCGAAGUCAUCUAGUCCAGCUGCCAGUCCAUCCCCACCAUGCCCACUAACCCAUGUCCCUCAGUACCACGUGUCCAUGGUUCUUGGAAACCUGAAUGGUGCCUCCACCACCUUCCUUGGCAGCCUAUGUCAAUGUGUUACCACUCUUUCUGAGAAUAUACGUUUCUUAAUAUCCAACCUGAGCAUCCCCUGAAACUAGUUCAGUUCAGUGCAGCUGGCAGUAACCUAGUAUAGCUUGACAACCUUUGAUUAGAUUUGCAGUGUUUCCAUCAGGAAUGGGAUAUGAUGCCCUGCUGGAAAACUCAAAAACAUAGUAAACCAGCGGUUAUAUGUUCAGCAGAAGGUGGCUGGCCUGGCACUGCUCCCUCAGCGUGCUCUUAGACAUUCAGGCUCUCAUUGCUCCAUGGUUCUCUUGUAACUGGAAACUCAAGGAAAUGCUCCUCACCCUUGGGAUGGGACCCAAGUAUUUGCACUGGAGUUAUGCAAGGAAUCCUCUCUACCCUACCAUCUCCACUGUAAGUAGGUUGGGUAUUCAGAGAUCUGAAUAUUGGGAGCAUUGGGACAGCUGGAUCCUUGUUCAGUUCUCACUGCUCUCGAGAGAAGAUCAUCUGCUGGGGCUAAUUUUAGCCUCCAGACAUUGCAGAUGUCCCUCUUGGCCCCUGUUUGUGUAAAGUCCUUCUACGUGAGAGUCCUGUGUCCUAGACUGUAAAGGUUUUGCAGAUGCAUAAUGCCUUGAGGUUUCAGAAGAACUUUGAAUUCGUUACUUACCUAAAGUUCUUAAUCAAAUUCUUUUCUUUCCACAUCAGAUAUAGCUGCGGCCUGUAUUUACUUUGGUCCUCGUACCAAGCAUCCUUAGGACCUUUGCAUUGUCUCGCUGCCAUCCACCAUCUUUCCAGCAUUCACCUGCCAAAAAUUUAGCUUCCCUCUUGUCUGUGGUAGUCUGUUUCUACUGCCUUGGGUAGAUGCAUCCAGCAUCAAUUGGAAUCUUUAGUACCUUUGGGUGUGGAUGUUGACCCAAGCCAAUGAGAGCAGGGCUCUGUCCUUCUCUGUGUGGCCAGCUGGCUGCACAGCAUCUGCUGUUGACUUCCUUCAGCCCAGCUUGGUGUAAGGUGAGGCCUCCUGGCCUCUCCAUUGUGUAUAUGCACAAGAAUUUGGAGCAUCUCUGGACUCUGUGGUUCCUAUUGCUCAGACAAUUUGUUGUCACCUGAGUGCUGUGCAAGGACGCAUCUGCAGUUCUGGCCCAUCUUUAUUUUUAGCCUGUGUGAGAUGCAUCUGAUGGUUUCAGAAGGAAGUUGCAUGUUUUGAGCUCCAUGAGUCAUCCUGUAUAAGAACCAAGGCUUCUGCCCUAACCUUCAAGUGAUGUAAUCAGCUAUGGUGGGCCCUGUUCACCCUGGGGAUGAGCAGAAAAGGAGCAGCAGAGAGGAGAAAAGCAGAGCUUUUGAGGGUGCUGUUUUAUCCAUUCUGCUAAGUCAUUAAAUUAAUUUACCCAAGCAUAUUGGCAGGUAUCACACCUCCGUGUAGCUUAGAAGGGUCCUUUGUCUUUUCUUGUAUCUCCCAGCUGUCAGAGGAGAAGGAGCAAGGAGCUGUGCUCACAUGCUAGGCUGAAUAACCAUAUAAUGCCACAAAGCAACAGCAGACAACAGUUUUUUAGGACAGAAAGCAAAUCAGGAUCUUGUGUCCAGUCUAAGCCACAGCAAGGUUAAGUGUAGCAGCACAGAACUGCCUCCUCCAGUGGAAAUGUGCUGGGACUGGAAAGCAUGGAUUUGCCAUUCUCAUGUGUCUACUAGGCUUCUGCAAAAAGAGCCUGGGUCCUUUCUUUCCAUACAGCCUUGUGCUGCCACAAGGUAGGCAGAGCUGUGUGUGGCUUUUUGAGGUGCGGUUAGCCAUUCUGUGUCAGAGACAAGGGCUCCAUGUCCCACAGGGAGGGAGCCUGCAGUGCAAUGACACGUGUCACCCAGCUGGGAUGACGUACAUGGGCCCAGUGUGGGCCUCCCAUGGGUAGUGGGACAAUAGCUUACGGGGGUGGCCCUUCUACCUCUGCCCCCCUUUCCUUCCCUGGGGAGACGCGUCGCUUCUGGAGGUUUGUCAGAUGCCAUACUGAGGUCUCACGUGUGGGAUGGUGGAAGCGCACAGCAAGGCUUAGGGGAGCAGAGACAAAGGAGGGAGGUAGUGAGCUGUGCUGGGGGGAUUGCCAUGGCAACCCAUGCUUUCAGCAGCCCAUGCUGUGGCCGUGCAUCCUGAUGCAGGCCUCAGCACCCCCAGUCCUCUGAGGCACCUACAGCUGCCUUGUAGCACCUGCUACAGCGGGCCUUGGGAGGGGACCAGCGUGCUUUGUCCUCUCCUUCUCCCCUCAGUGGUUGUUCCAGCUCCAGCCUGGAGUUGCAGAGCAGGCCUGGCCAGCAGGAAACGAGUCACCUGAGCUUCCCACUGAGUCACAGAGGGCAGUGUCAUCCUGCUGCCUUUGCUCAUCCUCAGUUAAUCGAUGGGCCCAGCUGUACCUGCAUCUUCCGAGGGAGCCUGGCCUGCUGUGCGCCGUCCAUCUUGUGCAGCCGGUUUGCCUUGCUGCGGGGUAGCUGCACUCCAGUGGGGAGCAAGCUCUCUGAUGAGCCCUGUGAUACGGUGUGAGGCCCCUGGGCAGGCAUCAAAGCUGCAGUGUGGGUGGUUUACAACCACAAGGGAGCUGCGCUUAUCUGCAAAUCUCCGUACAUAAAGGGCGCCUCUGAGCAGAGCUGCUGUGAAGACUAAAGAGCUGGAGAGGACGUUGCAGAGGUUCGGAGGCACACCGUGAUGGUGGGAGCCAUUCCACGGCAGCCACGCCGCUUCUGGGGGGUGCCUGGCUGGCAAGUGUCUUCAGCUAGUUGUGCCAACGACCGCCCACUGUGGGACAGGGAGAUUGAUCCGGAGUGGAGUGGGAUUCUGCUGCAGAGAGAGCCCCAUACUGGGGGGCUCACCUGGACAUCCUGAGCAAGAGGUCUAGCUCCUGCCCUCUUGGCAUCACCUGUGGCACUUUACUGUCCCCUUCCUGCUGCUGCAUGGGCUGUCCUGACUCCAACUCCACGUGGAGUCCAGCCAAGUGAGGCUCCAUGCGGCACAUCCACACAGAGACGUCCCUGCCCCCGGAGCGCAGCGCUGACUCCAGCCUGUCCCGACCCAGUGGAGAGGCAGCCUUGGAGCCUUCCUCACAACACUGUGCCCACCACGGCAUCCUCAUGGGCUACAACGAGACAGAGAUCAAGCGCCAGAAGGUUUACCAGGUCUCCAUCUUCUCCCAUCUCUCCAGCUCCUCCGAGAGCACGGAGCAACGAGCAGGCAGUCAUCCGACUCUCAAGAGGAGCUACCCUGAGCAGCGAACUCCAGAGGGGGUGCGGGAUCCCAAACGAACUCACUGGGGUGGUGGGGUGGACAGCAAGCGUGAUGGGGGCUUGGGGCAGGCUGCCCUGGAGGACGAUGAUACCUUUGAGGAUGGUCUGCUGGUGGACGAGCUCUCUCUGUGCGGCUCUGCCCAGCAUUUCUCCCAUAGUGGGCUGCAGGUGGUGGAGCACCGGUGUGUGAGCAGUCCCAGCCCUAAGGCCAAUAGAGAGGACAAGCCGCAAGAUACCUCCUCCUUCUGGCCACAGCACAUUGCUUGCAGUACUUUGCACACAAGAGAUAGUUGCCCGGUCCCACCGGGGAAUCAGCUUGCAGACUGCUGGGAGAAUGGGGAGCGAAUGAGUGACCAUAACCUACCUGACCUUGAUUUGCACAAUAUUGCACAAAAACCCCAGCUGGACUGUGGUGGGAGGGGAGAGAAGCCAGGCAGCAGCCCCGCUCACCGCUGCGGGGCUGGCGAAGCAGAGGAAUGGCCGGUGGUGGCUAAUGGGUGCAAGGAGCCUCUAGCCCCACAGAUGUUACUCAGCCCUGAGCCUAGCAACCUGAGCUCCCAGGAAAAGACACCCUGUGGGAACAGCAGCAGCAGCAGCAGCAGCAGCUGCCCAGCCAAAAGGAAGUUGCUGCCGGCUGGUGAGAUUAUGGCUGACUCCUGCUCCGAGGAUGAGAGCCUAUCCCAGCUGGUGAGGAAGAAGAGAGCCCUGCCAUGCCACCCAGUGCCCACAGCUUGCCGCAGCACUGACGCCAAGGGAGCCCCUUUCUGGAAUCACCUGCUUCCCACAGCCAAGAGCUCUGCAGAUUGCACUACAGUUGGGAGGAGGCUGAAGAGCGGGCUGCGCCUCAAAUCGCGACAUCUCCGGAGCAGCCUACGGAGAGGAACCCGUUCCUCUGCAUCAUCCUGGGCCACCACCACUGUCAGCCAUGCUCUGCUGGGCAAUUUUGAGGAGUCCAUCCUGAAAGGGCGCUUUGCACCAUCGGGGCGCAUCGAGGGGUUCACCGCAGAGAUCGGUGCCAGCGGCUCCUACUGCCCGCAGCAUGUCACCCUGCCCGUGGACGUCACCUACUUCGACAUCUCUGAGCACAGCGCACCCUCGCCUUUCCUGGGAGUGAUUGACUUGGAAGCCUUGGGAAAGAAGGGUUACAGUGUUCCUAAAGCUGGAACCAUCCAAGUGACCUUAUUUAACCCCAACAAGACUGUGGUGAAGAUGUUCUUGGUGACAUACGACUUCCAGGACAUGCCUGCCAAUCACAUGACCUUCCUACGCCACCGCAUUUUCCUGGUGCCUGUGGGGAAAGAGAAGGGGGCCACUGUGUCCUGCAGUGAGCCACCAGGCACCGACCCACCCCGCAGGGUCCUCUGCUACCUGAUGCACCUGAGAUUUCACAGCUCCAAGUCUGGGAAGAUCUACCUUCACAACAACAUCCGGCUGCUUUUCUCACGCAAGUCGAUUGAGGUCGACUCGGGGAUCCCAUAUGAACUGAAAUCCUUCACGGAGAUGCCAAGAAACCCUCGCUACUCACCCUGGCCCUGACCUUCUCCCUUGCUCAGGGCCACCGAGCAGUGCCCAGCCCAGUGCUUUGGGGAUCAUUGAGUAAAAGAGAGACCAAGCGCAGCCACCUGGAAGUGUCCCCAACCCUACGCACCCAUCCUCCUGAGCAGCACUGAUGUCACAGCUGUGCCCUGGGACAGAGCUGGCAUCACCAAAGGGGAUUUAUGAGGAGGGGCAGGGGCUGGGGAGCACUCUGGGGCUGUGCCCAGGACUUUUGCAAGCUGGGAGGUGUGGCUGGAGCUGAGGGGGAUGGCUCCUCCCAACCUGCACCCGGCCCUGGGUUGGGAGCAGAAAGUUCAGAAGUUUGUAUUUAUUAGUAUUUAUUGUCAUAGGGGUGCGGAGGUGUUGGAGAUAUGGUUCCUGGCAGGGGGCAGCCGGGGUGAUGGGGGUGAGGGCAGGGGCGAAGGACGAGCCUGGAGGGUUGGCCGAGAGGGGGCAUCAACUCCACGUGGCUGAAACAUCACCGUGCGUGCGUAUCGGGGCGCGGCUCCGCGCAGGGCGCCAGCCACCGGCCGGAAUGACACGGAGCGGGGGCUGUGGCCCUUCAGGGGCCGGGUGGAACCUCCCCUUCCCAGGGGGCCCGUGAGGGCCAGGUGAGGAGCUGCCCCUGCCCUUCGCCCCAGAACCCCGCUGGCCUCUCCCUGCGGCACCCCAGUGCCGGGGGUUCGCCCCGCGGCACUCCGUGCUGGGGCCCCGCCCGGAGCGCAGUAGCGGUACUUCUGUGUUGGUUUCUAUUUAAUAAACGUUUGG